CCCCAAUAAAAAAAAUGCCCCAUGCCCACCCAUGCACCUUCUCUCUCCUCAUCUCAACCUCUCGUCUUCUUCUCACCAAUCCCAUAAAGAUAAAGAUGUCUAGCCGUUAUGGUUCUUAUUUACCUUUCCUCCGCCCCCUCCGUCAAACCAAAUCCCAACGCUCAAGCUCCACCUCAAACCCAAGGAAGAAGGAAAACCAAACCUUAAUACAAAACCUCCACCAGAACACAACAUACCACACCCAGACAGCCGUGCGCCUAACCCGUCGCUGCCGCCGCCGUCUUCUCACUUCCUCACUCACUCCAGUCCUUCACUUCCUCCAACUUCAACCAACACCAACCAACACCAACCACCCUGGCCGAGAACCAAAACACAUAAGCAAGCUAUUUUUAUAAUCUCCCCAGAAGGACCAACGAAACGCCUGCUCCCGCUUCGCACCGACAUGUUCGUUCGUGAUUGCCCUAUUAACACCUGCUCCUGCCGCGAACUGGUUCACGCCGCCAGGCUACCUGCAGCUUCUUCCUCCCCGGUCUGCUUCGUAGGAGUGAUCGCGUCGCGCCAGAUCUAGAUUUAUUAUUACCUCUACAGAUCACGCUUAUAUCUGCCCUCUUGAGAGACUUCUUGAUUAAUCCUCUCACACUCGCUCUUUAUCCUCUCACUUCCCGAGACCGCGUUUCCUCCUAAGCUCGGAAACCCCGGCAACCUUACCGCUCUCGUCGCCGUCGCUACCACGUCGCUGUCGCUACAACGUCGCUCAAAGGAAUCCUGGAUCAGGGCUGCAUGAACCUGUCUCGGACUGUAUUCGCCGAUAUCUGCCGCUUCUCAAGACGAGUUUUCCUUAUAAGGGAGGGCGUCUCUAUCUCGUUUGCUUGGAUUUAGAUCUGCUGCUGUCUCUUUUUCUUCGACAGUAUCUUACUCCUUUUUUACUUCGCACCGACUCAUCUCGGGUGCGCGCUGUUGGGAAGAAUCUACUGCCGACAUAUUAAUAUCUUUGGGGAUCUCUUGGGUCUCAUAAUAUUUACUUACGAGCUGCUGCGACUCUGAAAAUCGAGCGCUUAUAAUUUUUCGAGCAACACUCGACUUCUCACCAUUACCUCUGCAACCGCCAAAGUGGCAUUCUCAACCUACACAACCGUUGAGCCUGGGUUUCAUUCGGCGACGCCAGUCAUUGUCGACGAAGCAUACGAAUCGCCGGAGACGGUCACACUCAGAUACGAAGAGGCUUGCGCGGGAGGCCCUAUAGGCAGGCCGGACUCUCUCACGGGAUUCCUUCCCAUGUCUGCCUUCGGGAAGCCACCGCCUCCACACCUUCAAGGAUUUGAUGCAUCUCGAUCAUUCUCCGAUCCCGCCUACGCCUACCCUGCUGCGCCACAUCAUGCGUCGCAACCCCCCCCGCAUGCAUCGCCGUUCCAAAAUGCACCCGAGAUGGUGCAGGUGAGCUACGGCAGUCAUGCGACGCGCGGUAGUUACGACGAGCAGCAGGCCGGCUCCUACGCGCCCUUCAACUCUAACCCGACCCCCGCGUCGAUCCGCGUCACGUCGCGUCAACCCCCGCGAGGCCUGCCGGGCUCCAAACUUGACGUCUACGUGGCGUCCGUCUACGAAAUCAUGACGACCAGCCUCGAAUCCGUCUUCCUCCUGUUCGGGCAGCAGAAGUGCCAGGCUUCGCUGAUGCGUUACGAGCAGCAGAGCAGGGACUACCAGUAUAUCGUUUCAACUGAUGUGCCGCAGAUCGCGGUCGAGGCGUGGGAAUCGGCGGAGGUGCCGCUGUUUCUGCUCAUUGAAAAUGCAGAGGGCGAGCUUAUGGAGAAGGUCGAUGUUGGGCCUUUCACGUACGAGAGGGGCAGGCUGGGAAGCGAUGCUGAGUCGUUGAAGAGCACUGAGCGGUCGUCGUCGUUGGUGAUGAAGCCGCACGAGGAUUUCUCGACUUACUCGUACCUGCCUUCGGACAACUACUCGCCGCAGGUCCAAUAUGGCGCGUAUGAGGGGAUCCACUCGCAGCAGUUUGGGCGUGGGAAUUCCAUGUAUCAGCCCUCGCCGCCUGGCAGAGGCAUGUAUCAAUAUUCGUCAGGGUCGCCUUCUUCGGUGAUCAAGGUAAGGUCUAAUCAGAUCCCAACUUGGACUUCCUACAGGAAUGGAAGUUCCGAGGGUCACCAUAACCAAGGAAUGCCCGGUCGGACAUCGCUGCCAUCGAUCUCGCCGAGCCCACUGUUGGUGAGAACGUCGACGAUCGAUCAGAACAGAAAUAACGCUGGAGUCCCGAUGAACGCAUCUGGGUCUUACUACCACCAGGCGAUGCACCCGCUCGCCGUCAUCCUCAACCUCCACAACGACCUGGAUUCCAUGGGCCGCCUGAAUACGUGGUCGACGGAGGAGAUCCAGUCGAGACGGCGAAUCCUUCAGUUUAAGCGCUCGCAGGCCGGCAACACAAUCAACCUCCGCGUCAAACCCGUGAUGCCCGAAGAGCGCCAGCAGCACUCCAUCUGCAUCAGCUGCAUCCUGUGGGAGGACAAGAACCAGUGCUUCGUGACGAGCGUGGACACCAUCUACCUGCUCGAGUACAUCAUGGCGCAGAAGUUCCAGACGGAGGAGAAGAACCGCAUCCGCCGCAACCUGGAGCACUUUAAGCCGCUGACGGUGAAGAAGCCGAUCCCGGAUAAGUAUGACGAGACCAACGCGUUCUUCACGGCGAUCAUGGGCUUUCCGCAGCCGAAACCGAGGAAUAUCGAGAAGGAUAUUAAAGUUUUUGCGUGGAAGAGCUUGUCGAACGCGCUGAGGAAGAUCACGUCGAAAUACUCCGUCAAGUCCGGCUCCUCCCAACCCCAAGCCUCGCUCCCACCCCCAACUCUCCUCACGCCAGCCAGCUCAACGGGCUAUAACGAUAACUCCACAACAGCCACAUACGGCCAGCCCGACCGCAAUGGCAUGUUCUCCCCCCGCUCCUCUACGCGCUCCAUGUCCGGCGCUUCCACGCACCCUCCACCUUACGCCGGCAUACCAGCCCGCCUGAAUUCCCCGCCUUACAAUCACCUUAAUCCUAUCAAGGGCGACAUCAACAACAGCAGCAGCGCGCUGCCUAAUCUCCCUUUAUUCGCUGACACUACAACCAACCACUCAUCUCACGGCGCGGGCACAGGAGCGCAAUGGUCCGCAUCAACACAACACCACAUGCCCGCCCCAUUGCAGCAAUACACACCCCGCUCAUCGUGGGAUCUAACAGCUGCCGCGGCGGGGGGGUACGCGGACCCCGCGGCGCAGGCGCAGGGAAGUGCGAUUGGGGUGGCUGUUACGGCUGCGGGUGGGAUGCCGAGUGUGCUCCAGCGCCCGCCGACGACGCAGAUGCCGCUUUCGCCGCUGAGGAGUAGGGGGGGUCUGGAUGAGGUGGGUGGGGGGGCGAAGGAGGAGAGGAGGGGGAGUUUGCAGGCGCUUCGGUCGUAGGUGACGUCCGCGAUCGACGAAAGGCGUGCGGGACGAUGCGAUGUGGAUUCGAUACGAUGGAGAUGGUAUGCGGAUGUGAGAACUGAAGCCGACAGACUGGGGGCGUGUGUAGUCAUGCGGCCCAGUCAGAUCCCGUUGCUAGUUCGCUAGCGUCGUGCGACCGACCAAUCAGAGGGGGCGGGGGUACACCACUUCUUGGGUUGGGGACGGGGGCACGCGCGCGACCGUUGGGGAUUUGAUAUGAAUCAGGGUGGUCUGGGGCGUUCGAUGAGGGAUAGAGGGUGGGAGGAGGCUCGUAUUGGG